AUGUUCUCAAUCACCGCACAAUCUGGCACCGACAUCUGGCGCAAAGCCCCCAGCACAGAUGUCUUCAACGGUAUGAUCCAUGUUUUGAGCAUCAUCACAUACACUUUAGUUAACCAGAAGAAUGAUGCAGCGCCCACUGUGCCUGGGCCAGAUAGUCCUAUCGGGCCCCUGGGAAGCUUUGUAUCGGCGUCGCUGACGUUUCGCGUGCCUACGGUAGUCCAGUAUGACCAAGCAGGACUGCUUCUUUCCUUGAACCUGGAAAAUGCUACGGAGGCACAGAAACCUCCUCCAAAAUGGAUCAAAACAGGAAUUGAACUGUACAACGGUGUCCCGCGACUUGGCACUGUUGGGACUGAUGCCUGGUCUGACUGGAGCAUUGCCCCAAUCACCAGCAAUGAUCACACUGACGGAAAGGCAUGGACCACAGUUUCGGUUCAAAAACAAGAAGAUGAUCUUGGUUUGAGCCUUUGGGUUUAUCAACUGGUCGGAGAGGACAAAGUGCCACUACGAGAGAUAAAUUGGCCAUUCGGAUAUGGAGAUGAUUGGACGCUGAGCGUGGACGCAUAUGCUGCCAAACCUGGAAAGGGGAAGCCUCUGGUCGCGGACUUCAAAGACUUUCAAAUAGUUUGGAAGAAUUGA